GAGACCGGUGCUAACCAGAUGAGCGCCAGAACUUUCGAAAUAUUGUUUUGUUCUGAAGAACUUUAUAUUUGUAUCAUUUUUUUGGCUGUAUUCUAAUUAUUAAGGGUAACUACUGCAUGCAAAUUCCAUCAGUGUACUUGACUGAAACUAUAAUUUGCUUAAAUAUGAUAAUGAUUGCAUGCGUUAUUUGAAGUUUUCUGUUUUUGAUUUUCUGAAAUCUUUCCCUGCGAUCGGGAGGGUGAAGAGCUCAUGUAAUUGUACGCAGUGACUUAACUCCGAGCACUUCUGUUAUUCUUUUUUGUCAUUUUCUGUCUAAAACUACAUAGAUGGCUGAUAUACAAGCAAUGAAAUGUGAAGAAGGAGAGCCUUCGUCCACUAUUGUCCUAGAAGCAGAGGAAGCAGAAACCCCUGCUGUGCCUAGUGUGAGAAUGAAAUUAAAAAAACCAAAAGGGAAGAAGAAAGUAGCUUGGUCACCGGAUACUGUGGAUAAUGAAAAUAUGAAUAAGAAGAAAUCAAAAUGUUGUUGUAUUUAUGAAAAGCCAAGAGAAUUUGGUGAAAGUUCUUCAGAAUCAGAUGAUGAAUGUGAACACUGUAAAGGACAUAUGGAACGUAAACGCCGUCAUCCAAAACCGAAUUCUUCCCAAGAUGAAAAUCAUAUACAUCCUGUUGAGCCAGAAAGUAAAUGAAGACGGUGUGAAUUAUGUUAUUUAUUCAAGAUGUGUAUAUAUGUUUGUAUAUAGCCAUUUUUUGAUUGAUUAAUAUCUGAAUAUGGUAAUUUUUACUUUACAGUGUUGUUUAUAAACUACCAUAUUCAGUAUGAAUUUCGAAUUAUAGCCAUUUUUUUGGCUGUUAUACAUCGGAAUAUGGUAAAAUUUGCUUCAUAGUGCUAUAUAUAAAAUAUAAACCGUGGUAAUUGCUACUUUUUGCUUAGCUAAGAUUUAAUUAGAUGUGUAGGAGGAUAUUAAAGAAAUCAGUAUAUAUAUGUUUUAUAAUCGUAUAUUUUACUGUUUAGAAAAGUAUUUUAUAAAGUAUGUUACUUCAUUAAAAAAGAAUAUACUUUUCUUUUUAAAGUAACACUAAAAUAAAGGAUAUUUUUUAUCAGUGAUAUUUAAUAAAUCAUGUUUGCAGAAUGAAAAAUUAUAGAUCAUGCUGCAAUUUUAAUUUUGAGAAAAUUAGUAGCCAAAUUUGAAUGUAGAAUAUAAUUAUGAAUAAUCAAAAUUUUUUCCAUGAUGAGUAGUUUUCUUAACAUAUCACACUUUCAAAAUAUAUUUUAAGCUGGUGGUAAUCUUAAUUUUGAAUAAAGUGGUUUGCUAAACUGUUAAUUUAUAUUCAAGGCCUUUUUGCAUAAUUGUAAAGUCUUUUUAUGGAUAAUGUUGAGAAAUACAAUGAAUAAAUAAAAUAAAAUAAAAAAUACUGUGUAUAUUUUGCUGAUGCACCGAUUUUUUUUUUUUUUAAAUCAAGAAUAUUAACUACUGACAGGAAGAAAGUGCUGUCACAAAUAUUUUUUUUUAAAUUAUUGGCAACAAUCAGUGGUGAUUCCAUUACCAGAGACUCAAACAAGCUAGGUGGGUAAUGUAUUACAACAGUUAAAGUUGGAAAGAAAUGCAGAUUGUUACUAGAUUUGUGACAACUUUUUUAAUUCUAUCUCUUGCAGUGCAAGUGAAGAACUGGAAAAGAUGAGAUAUAGGAACAUGUAUUUAAAUAUAUAAUACAGGAAUUUAAAAAUUGUUCUGUUUAUGUUUUGGUAAUUUAUGUCAUGUAUUAUAUAUACAGCAUCCCCUAUUUUCCCUUUGAUUAUGUGCAUAUAUUUAAGAUUAUACUGCAUAUAUUUAAGAUACUUGUCUGUUUAGUACCAUUAAUACUUUCAUAUUAUUUUUUUCCUUUCCUGUUUCUAUGUAAUUUUAUAUGAAAAUUCAAUUGAACCUCACUAUAAUGAACUUCUAGGGAUUUAAAAUUUGAUUCACAGUUAUAUCUAAUAGCUGAUAAGAAAAAAAAUUAAUCAUCUUAUAAAGUAAUGGGCAAACUGAUUGAUAAAUCCCCCCCCUAAAAAAGAGGGAUUAGACAUGCAACACAGCGAGUAGAAAAUUUAACUUUCUUUAUUAUGCAUUUAGGCAUCAUCAACAUCAGCAGAAAUAUCUGCAAUGUUGAGGCAUUUUUUAUAUUUAUUUCUGUCACGUUUGAAAAAGUUCCAUGUCGCAAUGGCAUCUCAAUAUUUUAAAAUACUGGAAUACCACUUUUUUUCCUUAGCCAUUUGGGAAUAAGCAAAUCCUCAUUUUUUAUCUUCAACACCCUUUGCUCACCAACAUACUGAAAACUCCAGAUAUCUGAUUCUGUAGCUGAUUGCCAAGAUUUUUCUCACACUUCCAUUUCAUUAAAAUAUUAAAUGUUAUAAUCUUCUUGAUUGUCAUACUUCUCCAAAAUACUUUAAACAAGCUGCAUUCUGUAAUGACAUAUCAAGCUCAUGAUUAUGCCUUGGUCCAUGGGUUCAGGAUUGAAGUUGUACAUGGGGGCAAGGAAACAAACUUAAUCUAGUCUUGAGUUUUUAACACCCAUGGUGUGUAGUUCACUUGUCAGUGUUUCACUUUUAGGUCAAAAACCUGUCAUCGCACUUUCAGAGCCCUUCUUCAAACAAGUCAUCUUACCUUACAAUUAGCUUUAACCUUCUGAGCGUUAUGACCGGGUUUAGGCGGUCAAGAUGGCCUACCUCGAAAGCAUUACCUCGCAUCUGGGCGGUCACUGGAAAAGUGUUUGAAAGCGUUACUGACGGUUCUAGGCAGUCAAUGGUGAAGACCUCGAAAGCGUUAUGACCGCCUUAAAGCGCCCGUGCAGAUAUCUUCCACCACCCCUCUUAUUUCUGGAACCCUGGAGAUCUCUAAAUGACAACUCUCAGUAGGAGUUUAAGAGGGUUGUUCUUCUUCGUUUUAGACCUCUAUGUUUUAUCGCCAAGAAAGUGUUUAGACAUAUGACAAACUGGCGCGAACGUUCUUCACUAAAUAAAUAAGCAGCGUGUAAAAAUUUCCCAAUACUAUGUUUAAACAGAUAACAUUUUCAUAAAAUAUCCUUUAGAUUUUAAACUAAAUUCUCAGAAAUAUGCAAAAUGCUUGUAAAUUCAAUUAAAAAAUAGCAUUUCAAAAUACUUGUAUUAUUUAAAUAAAUUUACUUAUGUUUAUGUAGAUGCAUAAAACCGGCAAGUUAAAAACUUUCAUUUAAUUCGCACGAACAGAAUAGUACUGCAUUCAGUUAACCUGAAUUACAUGCAAUUGCAUAUAAAGAAUAACAUUACUUAAGCAAUAAGUCAGAUAAAAAUUAGAAAAUCAAUAGUCUAUUUUUAUAAGUUAUAAUAGGCGUAUUCUUGAUAGGGGUUUAUAAAAUGCAAACUAAUUUAAUAGUAAAUAUAAUAAUAGGGACUUAUUCUUUUUGGAACAAUACUCGUCGCUUAUACUGGUUUGCUAAAGUUUUGUUCUAAUGCAUUUUAAAUCGUCCAGUGCUUUUAAUGUACAUUGAUAUGAAUGUGAUUUUUAUUAGAAAAAAUUUUAAUAAGUUUGAUUUUCUUUUGUACUCAUGCUUUACUUAAUAUAUAUUACUUUGUUCAACGCAAUGAAACUAUAAGCAGCAACGAACAGCUGAGUUAAAAUUUCCAUAUUUUGUUACCUAAAUUAUUAAAAUACUAUACAGCGUAACAUCUGAGUUUCCGAAAUGUAACCCGCAACUUUUCUAGGAGUUACAAAUUUGAGUUAAAAAAAUAGCAUUAAUUUAUCAAUAAAAACUAAAUACUAAUAAGAAAAAACGCACAAAUGUUUUUUUUAAUGUUUGUUUAGUUUAUUUUAUUGUUUUCGGAUAUAUAUUGUUGGCGAAUGGUGAAGUUGUCGUUGGAAAAUGACACAUAAUAAAGAUAAAAAAGAAGAAUGAUAUGUAUUAUUUAUUAUUCAAAAUGCAUAUAAAUUUCCUUUAAAAUAG